GCGGCCAGCGGCUGAGAGGACUCAGCAGAGCCAGGAUUCUUCUCUCUUUGCUUCGCUCAGAGGAAAUUCCCUCCACUCUCUCUCUCUCUCUAGAAUCCCAGCUUCUCUCUCUCUCUCUCUCUCUCGAUAACCCACAAAAAGAAUUAGUGUUCAAGGUAACUUGAAAGCCAACCUCAUGGCCGGUACAUGUGUGCCACAGCUGGGAACUAGCCCACAUUUAAUGCUUAGAUCACCAUCCCGACAAGUAGCAGCGUGUUGUUUCACAGAUAAUUCGAAGGUCUCCCAUUUUGGUACGUUGAGUAGAGACAAAGGAUUGACAUCCUCAAAAGCGAGCUUCUUUGCUCCAGUCUCUAUAUAUUCCUUCUUUAAACAUGGACCAUCUCAAAACUUGCAUCGUCGUAAGGGAUCUCGGCUUAUUGUCAGGGCUAAUGCUGAUUACUAUUCUGUCCUUGGCGUGUCAAAAAAUGCCAGCAAAUCUGAAAUAAAAAGUGCUUAUCGGAAGCUCGCAAGGAAUUACCAUCCAGAUGUGAACAAAGAAUCUGGAGCAGAACAGAAGUUCAAGGACAUCAGCAAUGCUUAUGAGGUAUUAUCCGAUGAUGAGAAACGAUCUCUGUAUGAUAAAUAUGGAGAAGCUGGCCUCAAGGGCUCCGGUAUGGGAAUGGGGGCUGUCUAA